GUAAGUACGAGUGGGAAAAAGAUCGAACGAUCAGAGUAAAAGAAAGACCGGUUCUCUUGUUUAUUGAAGUAAUAUUACUUCCUUAUCGCUCUACUUAAAUUUGAAGACAAGAGAAAUGAUGAUAAGGAAACUAAUUGAAAGGAUUUAGUUUUUAUGUUGUUUUCAGUAGACCUAAGUUAAUAGCCUACUAUUUAAAUAAGAUAACUUUUAGAACAAAGUGUUGUUUGAUAUCUAACUUAUAAUACAAAAACCUUUCAUACGAAUACCGCAAUGUCGUCAAUUCACUUGAAGAUUGGAAUCAUUGGUGGGUCAGGCUUGAACAACCCUGACAUCUUAGAAAAUGCUAAAGAAGUAUCAGUAGACACUCCAUUCGGAGCACCAUCCGACUGUCUUAUUGUUGGGAAAAUAAAAGGAGUCGAUUGUGUGUUGCUAGCAAGACACGGACGUAAACACACUAUCAACCCCAGCAAUGUCAACUACCGAGCCAACAUCUGGGCGUUGAAACAGCAAGGCUGUACACAUGUGAUCACGUCGACUGCCUGUGGCUCGCUACAAGAAGACAUUCCACCCGGGGACUUAGUGCUACUCGACUCCUUCAUCGACAGGACCAAACAAAGGCAGCACACAUUCUUCGAUGGGAGUGAGGAAGGAUUGCCAGGCGUAUGCCAUAUUCCAAUGGAACCGGCGUUCUGUGAAGAGACGCGCAAGAUUAUUAUUGAGGCGGCGGCAGAGCUUGGCUUUAAGCUGCAUCCGCGUGGAACGGCUGUCACCAUCGAGGGACCGAGGUUUUCCAGCAAGGCAGAAAGUCUCGUCUUCAAAUCCUGGGGAGCUCACCUGGUCAACAUGACUCUCGUACCCGAGGUUGUGCUAGCUAAGGAGGCUGGGCUCAGUUACGCUGCGGUUGCUAUGGCAACGGACUACGACUGUUGGAGAGACCAUGGCGACGGAGUCUGUGUGGCCGAUGUUUUGGCAACCUUCAAAACCAAUGUUAGCAAGAUCACCAAACUGUUCCUAACUGUUGUGCCAAAGAUUGCUGAGAGAAAGUGGGAUGACGUGGUUAAAAAGAAUAAGGAAACUGUUGACUCAAGUGUGAUGAUUCCACAAGAACCAACGUCAAAACAUUAGGCAACAAUUACAAAUAUGGGCUUUCCAAAUAAUAUACUUAUGUGAUGUAUACGAAACUUAAAACAUUCAUUAAAAGUAUUUUGAUGGUUA